CCGUUACCCUGUACAUCCGGGUCACUUGCCCUCCCCGUUCGGAGCCGCCGCCGCUGCUGCCGCCGCCGCCUGGCUCGUCGCGGCUCCGCCACAGGGGCAGGUGCGGAGGGGCUCCUGGUCCGGCCGCCGCCGCUGCCCCGCUCCGGGCCCGGGGCUCCCUCUAGCGCCGCUGAGGAGCCGCGGCCGCGGCUCGAGGAGGGCGGAGGAGCGGGGCUGAGAGAGCCCGGAGGCUCGCGCGGAGGAUAGAAGGACAAGAACAGAAUCACCAGCACUGGCUGAAGAUUCAUGAUACAUGUUUUAUGAGAACCAGAAAUCUCUUGGUACCUUAACAUGGGGAAUCUUCUUAAAGUUUUGACAUGCACAGACCUUGAGCAGGGGCCAAAUUUUUUCCUUGAUUUUGAAAAUGCCCAGCCUACAGAGUCUGAGAAGGAAAUUUAUAAUCAGGUGAAUGUAGUAUUAAAAGAUGCAGAAGGUAUCUUGGAGGAUUUGCAAUCAUAUAGAGGAGCUGGCCAUGAAAUACGAGAGGCAAUCCAGCAUCCAGCAGAUGAGAAGUUGCAAGAGAAGGCUUGGGGUGCAGUUGUCCCACUAGUAGGCAAAUUAAAGACAUUUUAUGAAUUUUCUCAGAGGUUAGAAGCAGCACUAAGAGGUCUUCUGGGAGCCUUGACAAGUACCCCGUACUCUCCCACGCAGCAUCUAGAGCGAGAGCAGGCUCUUGCCAAACAGUUCGCAGAGAUUCUUCAUUUCACACUCCGGUUCGACGAGCUCAAGAUGACAAAUCCCGCCAUACAGAACGAUUUCAGCUAUUACAGAAGAACAUUGAGUCGUAUGAGGAUUAAUAACGUCCCAGCAGAAGGAGAAAAUGAAGUAAAUAAUGAAUUGGCAAAUCGAAUGUCUUUGUUUUAUGCUGAGGCAACCCCAAUGCUGAAAACCUUAAGUGAUGCCACGACAAAAUUUGUAUCAGAGAAUAAAAAUUUACCAAUAGAAAAUACCACAGAUUGUCUAAGCACCAUGGCUAGUGUAUGCAGAGUCAUGCUCGAAACACCGGAAUACAGAAGCAGAUUUACAAAUGAAGAAACGGUGUCAUUCUGCUUGAGGGUAAUGGUGGGUGUCAUAAUACUCUAUGACCAUGUACAUCCAGUGGGAGCAUUUGCCAAAACUUCAAAGAUUGAUAUGAAAGGUUGUAUCAAAGUUCUUAAGGACCAACCUCCCAAUAGUGUAGAAGGUCUUCUAAAUGCUCUCAGGUACACAACAAAACAUUUGAAUGAUGAGACUACCUCCAAGCAAAUCAAGUCCAUGCUGCAGUAGCAGCUGUGGCGUGCGCACCUGCUGUGGGCGGAAGACAGUAUUCUGCAGUGACUGGGAAUGCACAGUUUUUAGUGAUUGCAAUUACUAUCUCAUGUACUCUUGCUUUUUAUUUCUUGCCUCUGUUCCUCUUCCCUCUUUUUUAAUCAUGUUCUUGUUCUUAAGACUUCUUUUCUGUGCCAAAAUCAGUAAAGUUAUACUCUGAAGGGAUAUUGUCCUUUCAAACGGGCCAUCUAAGGCAGCUAAUUAUGCAUUGCAUUGGGGUCUCUACUGAGAAAAAUUCUGUGACUUGAACUAAAUAUUUUUAAAUGUGGAUUUUUUUUGAAAACUAAUAUUUAAUAUUGCUUCUCCUGCAUGGCAAAACUGCCUAUUCUGCUAUUUAAAAACCCUCAAUGACUUUAUUUUCUACUGCCGCUUUUUUCAUGUGCAGCCAAAAUGAAAAUGUUUAAAUUAACUGUGUUGUACAAAUGGUACCCAACACAAACUUUUUUUUAAAUUAGUAAGACUUUUGUUUAAAGUUUUAAGUUUGCAUUUGACUUUUUUUGUAAGGAUGUAUGUUGUGUGUUUAACCUUUAUUAACUAACGUUAAAAACUGUGAUGUGUGCGUAGAAUAUUACGUAUGCAUGUUCAUGUUUAAAGAAUGGCUGUUGAUGAUAAAAUAAAAAUCAGCUUUCAUUUUUCUAA